GUUCUCCAAGAUGGCGGCGCACGCGCGGGACCUGAUCCGGGGGUACCCGGCCCAGGGACCCCCAGGGGAGCCCCACGAGGCCUGGGACCUUGUCCAGCAACAGCUCCAUUGCUGUGGCUGGGCUGGGCCCCAGGACUGGAGCCCCCGUGGGGCCGUCGCCUGCUCCUGCCUGGUCCCCAACAGCACCCGAGGGACCCUCCCGCGCCUGCCCCAUGGCCGCUGCCCCAUGGCUGCACCGCAGGACCUGUUCCCUAUGGGCUGUGCCGAGCGCUCCCGGCUGUGGCUGGCCCAGAACCUGCCCUCAGUGCUCGGGGGCAGCCUUGGCUGUGGCCUCGUGGAGCUGCUGCUGCUCCUGCUCUCCAUGUUCCUCAUCCGGAACCUGGACCCAGACGAGCCCCCGAUGGCGCCGUGAGCUCCGCCCCUUCCCCUCCUUCAGCCAAUAAAACACCAGGA